UCACCGCCAACCCCAUUGCACUGGAGCGAGCCGGCUUCGAAUGAAUAUUAGAUAUAUCCAGUAGUGUACCGUCUUCACAUUAAAGAUACCGAUGUUUACUAAAGCUUGUUACAUUCAGAAGUAACCGAAUUUAUUUAAUCAUGGAUGCAAAUGCUAUGUCUACUUCGGGUCUACUAGAGUGGGAAUUUUCUUUGCCUUCUGAUCAAAUAGUAUCACACGGAUGGUACCACGGCGUAGUAAGCCGCACGGCAGCAGAGAACUUGCUUCAACAAGAUCGAGAGUUUCUGGUGAGAGACUCUUCGUCGCAGCCGGAUAACUACGUGCUCAGUUGUCGCUCAAAUGGGCAGCAUCUACACUUCGUUAUUCAACGAAUCGUAGUGCAUCCUGACACAGUUUAUGAGAGGUACCAGUAUCAGUUUGAAGACGAGGCGUACGACACAGUAGCUGAUCUUAUCACAUCAUACGUUGGCUCUGGAAAACCAAUAUCUGCGGCAUCAGGCGCGAGAAUCCAAUACCCGGCUAAUCGUGUCGUUCCUCUUACCAAUUGUGUACCAACUGAGGAUCCGAAUACUAUGGCGUCCCCUGUGGGAGAAGGAUCGACAUACGGCAACCCGUACAGUCUUUAUAGUCAUUUUGCAACUAAACCAGGACAUCAGAUACGUAUGCCGUUUAAAAAACAACGGUCUCACUCUCUCACGCCAAUUGAUAUAGGGCAGCAUGCCAAUCACGGCAAAAGUGCGAGUGCAGACGGAAUUAUCCAAGGCAAAGGUAAUAGUAAACAUGGUAAAAAUUUCACUAGUGAAUCUAAUUCUAGCACUUGGGACGCCAACUUGCCAACUAGUCCCCCAGCCAAGCCAGCUAGAUUCGAUGGUCCGAAGGCAGAUGAUAAACGCUUGGAACUGCAAAGGCUGUAUCAUGUAUCAGGGUCCGAUUCCGGCAACGGUUCAGGGGACUCUACACAAAGUUCGGCCCACAGCGAUCCCAACAAGUUGAGAAUGGAUUCUGAUUUCAAUUUAGUCACAUCCACUAUAAAACAGCAAUUCGAUUAUGAUCUCACGGAAGCAAGAUUAUUACAAUCUGAAAAUUUGGACUACACAGUUGAAUCCAGGAUUAAACUUGAAAAUUUUCGAUCGCAAAUUAUUUCUUCAGGGAUGACAAAGCCCUUAGAAUCUGAAACUCUGCAUACCAUAAAGCUUCUCUUGCGCACUUCUGGUCCUCGCAUUUUAGCUAAUCACAUGACUAAAAUGGAUUUGCAGUUUUUACUUGAAGAUGCCGUUCAGAUUGAAGGUGUAGAUAAGAUGGCAUCUGGUUUGGAGCUUUUGUUUCUGCCUCAAGGAAGAGUCUUGAGACUCGAUGUUAUUGAAAGGAUCGAAACAUUUCGCUUGCUGAUAGCUGUGACGAUUUUGACCUGUCAGACGGACAGGCAGCGAGCAGAUACAAUUAAUGACUGGAUCCUUUUAGCAGUAGAGACCAAAACUGCCCUAGGAAACUUAUACGGAUUCUCAGCUAUAAUGUUUGGUUUAUGUAUGCCACAGGUGGAGUGUCUAGAAAAUACAUGGAACAUUUUAAGACGAGUAUAUACUGACAAUGCGUUUAUGUUCGAAGCUAAGUUAAGGCCAUGUUUCAAAAGCAUGAAUGAAGGUACCAACCCACUCCCACCAAACACAACCACACCGUAUAUUUUGCCAUCCGUGUUGUGUUUCCAUUUAUUUGACGGUGAAGGAGGUGAACUGAUGCAGCCAGACGAAACAUUUCCUGGGAGUGUUGUAAACACUCUAGAUUUCGACUUCAAUGCCACAGCCGCACACCUGGAGGCCGCUCGGCAUUUUCCGGAACAAGUGGACAUGUUCAAACGCAACGCUAGAACAGUUGUUCAGGAGAUGUCAUCUUUGGGCCCUAUAUUGGAUCCAAAAUUACUUGAACUAUUUAAAACAGAGUUCCAUAUAAACUUCUUAUGGGGGGAACGAGGCGCACUAACUACUGCGAAUCAGAGAUUCGUUCGGCUGACAGAUAUUUUAACAAGCAUGGCAAACAAAUUGGCCAGUCAACUUCCAGAAUCGGAUGAGCCCGUGAGAAGCUAAACUUACAAAACAUUACCAGAAACUAGUAGCAUAUCAUUUGAUCUCUAGCCGUACUAAGUCGGAUAGUUUAUAUACUAAACAAUUGUGUGUGUUCUUCCAAAUAGACGUGUAUAGUCGCUUCACGAAUUAGGUAAGACUUAUUUACAAUGACGCAUUUGUUCUUCUCUCUACUAAUAAUUAUCUACUAAUUAAUCUUGAUGUGUACCAUUUCUCUCUUAUGAACUCUGUUCAUACACAUUCAACGGCUGUUGUCUUCACUCAUAAAAUUGUUUUCAAAACG